AUGGCGGCGGGCUCGGAUCUGCUGGACGAGGUCUUCUUCAACAGCGAGGUGGACGAGAAAGUGGUGAGCGACCUGGUGGGCUCGCUCGAGUCGCAGCUGGCGGCCAGCGCGGCCCACCACCAUCACCUCGCGCCCCGCGCGCCCGCCGCCGCGCUCGGGAACCACACCGGAGCCGGAGCGGCCGAGGGCGCGCCCGCCGCGGCGCCGGAGCCGCCCCCCGCAGGGCCCGCCGCCAAGCUGAGCACACUCGAGGCCGGAGCGCCGCCGGGGCCCGGAACCGGGGCCUGCGGCGGGCCCGGGGCCGCGCCAGCCGCCAAGCCCGCCGCCCGCAACGGCCCGCCCGGCGGCCCCGGCGCCGCGCAAACUUUGAAUGGGAGCGCCGCGCUGGGGAACUCACUCCGCGCCGCCGCCGCCGCACCUGCUGUCAGCCUGCUGCACAACGGGCCCCCGCCCGCGCCGCCGCCCAAGCCCGCCGCCGCCACUGUCAUCCAGACACCGCCCUUCCGCGGCGCCCCCGCCGCGCCCGUUCCCCGCGCCCCCUCGCCCCCCGCUACCCCCGCCGCAACCCCCGCGCCCCCCGCGCCCCCCGCGCUCCCCGCGCCCCCCGCGCUCCCCGCGUCCGCCGUCGCUCCGCCGCCGCCAGCCGCCGCCACCCUGGCCCGGCCGGCCGGCCACCCGGCGGGACCCCCGGUGGCCGCGCAGAACGGGGCCAGCGCUGCGCCCGCGCCCGUCCCAGUCCCUGCUCCUGCCCCGGUCCCGGCCCCCGCCCCCGCUCCCGCCCCCGCGCCUGCCCCGGGUCCCGCGCCCUCCCCCGCGCCCUCCCCCGUGCAAGCCGCCAACAGUCAGCCCGGGCCCGCCGCGGCGCCCGUGCAGGUGGCCAAGGCGGACUCACCCAAGACCGCGGUGCAGCCGGCGCCCCCGCCACCACAGACCCUGGCGGCCAGCUGCCCGGCCGGCGCGGGGGCCGGCAUGAUCCUCGGGCCAACUAUGCAAGGGGCGCUGUCCACCGCCACUGGCCUCCCGCCUCCCGCCCCCGGAACCCCUACCGGGCUGCCCAAGGGCCCUGCCAGCGCGGUCACCCAGAGUCUGCCUAGGACGCCCUCAGUCACUACCAGCGGUAUCCGGGCCACGCUGACGCCCACAGUCCUGGCCCCACGUCUGCCACAGCCGCCCCAGAACCCAACGAACAUCCAGAACUUCCAGCUGCCCCCAGGUAUGGUCCUCGUGCGCAGCGAGAACGGGCAGUUGUUAAUGAUCCCUCAGCAGGCCUUGGCCCAGAUGCAAGCCCAGGCCCACGCCCAGGCCCAGCCUCAGACCACCAUGGCACCCCGCCCUGCAACCCCCACAAGUGCCCCACCUGUCCAGAUCUCCACCGUCCAGGCACCUGGGACCCCUAUUAUUGCCCGGCAGGUGACCCCGACGACCAUAAUUAAGCAGGUGUCUCAGGCCCAGACGACGGUACAGCCGGCCGCCGCGCUGCAGCGCUCACCCGGAGUGCAGCCUCAGCUUGUUCUGGGUGGCGCUGCCCAGACAGCUUCGAUCGGGACGGCGGCGACUGUUCAGACAGGGACACCUCAGCGGACUGUCCCGGGGGCCACCACCACCUCCACAGCUGCCACGGAAACUAUGGAAAACGUGAAGAAAUGUAAGAACUUUCUGUCUACAUUAAUAAAGCUGGCCUCAUCCGGUAAACAAUCCACAGAGACGGCAGCGAAUGUGAAGGAGCUGGUGCAGCACCUGCUGGAUGGAAAAAUCGAAGCGGAAGAUUUCACCAGCCGGCUGUACCGAGAACUUAAUUCUUCACCUCAACCUUACCUUGUGCCUUUCCUGAAGAGGAGCUUGCCUGCCUUGAGACAGCUGACCCCUGACUCCGCAGCCUUCAUCCAGCAGAGCCAGCAGCAGCAGCCGCCUGCCCAGCAGGCCACCACUGCACUCACAGCCGUGGUGCUGAGCAGCUCCGUCCAGCGCACGGCCGGGAAGACGGCGGCCACUGUGACCAGCGCUCUCCAGCCCCCUGUCAUCAGCCUCACGCAGCCCACACAGGUGAUCCAGCAGCCGCCCAAGCCCGGAGCACUGAUCCGGCCCCCGCAGGUGACGCUGACGCAGACACCCAUGGUGGCCCUCCGGCAGCCUCACAACCGCAUCGUGCUGACCACACCCCAGCAGAUCCAGCUGAACCCACUGCAGCCAGUCCCGGUGGUGAAACCUGCUGUGUUACCUGGAACCAAAGCUCUUUCUGCGGUCUCGGCCCAAGCAGCUGCUUUGCAGAAAAAUAAACUCAAGGAGCCCGGGGGAGGCUCGUUUCGGGACGAUGAUGACAUUAACGACGUGGCAUCAAUGGCUGGAGUAAACCUAUCGGAAGAAAGUGCAAGGAUCUUAGCCACGAACUCUGACUUGGUGGGCACGCUCACACGGUCCUGCAAAGACGAAACCUUCCUCCUGCCAGCGCCUUUGCAGAGGAGGAUAUUGGAAAUAGGUAAGAAACAUGGCAUAACAGAACUGCACCCCGACGUGGUGAGUUACGUAUCACACGCCACACAACAGAGGCUGCAGAACCUCGUGGAAAAAAUAUCAGAAACGGCUCAGCAGAAGAACUUUUCUCAUAAGGAUGAUGACAGAUACGAGCAGGCGAGUGAUGUUCGGGCUCAGCUCAAAUUUUUUGAACAACUCGAUCAGAUUGAAAAACAGAGGAAAGAUGAGCAGGAAAGAGAGAUCUUAAUGCGAGCAGCCAAGUCUCGCUCCAGACAAGAGGAUCCAGAGCAAUUAAGGCUGAAACAGAAGGCGAAAGAGAUGCAGCAGCAGGAGCUGGCGCAGAUGAGGCAGCGUGACGCCAAUCUCACCGCGCUGGCCGCCAUCGGGCCCCGCAAGAAGCGGAAAGUGGACUCCCCAGGCCCGGGCUCCGGGGCCGAGGGGUCCGGCCCGGGCUCUGCAGUCCCCGGCAGCUCCGGCGUGGGAGCCCCCCGGCAGUUCACACGACAAAGGAUCACGCGGGUCAACCUCAGGGACCUCAUAUUUUGUUUAGAAAAUGAACGCGAGACAAGCCAUUCACUGUUGCUCUAUAAAGCGUUCCUUAAGUAG